AUCGUAUAGAAGCGCCACCUGGCAAAAUUAUACAGAAGUGUAACAGAUCUGCAGUUUUGAGCACACAUGGUUCAAGGGACGUCUGGGAGAGAAGACACAUUGUCAUACGUGUAGCCCGGCCAGUUUGCUUCUUUCUUCUUCUACAAGUGCUUGGCUAUAAACAAGAUGUUUUGGGGUCUGACCCUUGAGGUUGGUAAGCAGUACACUCAGAUAGUGGAGGAGGGGUUCCACAUCACCAAGGCAACUCUGGAUCCACUCACCAUCAAAAGCAAGGAAGGCGAUGGUGUGUACAUCCUGCGUGUGCGGCACAACAAGCAGGACUAUGUCCUCUGUACGCUGGACCCCAGUCUGAGACAGUACUCCCAGCCACUCGACCUCCGCUUCUGUGAGGGAGAGGAGGUCAGCUUUUUCAUGGAGGGGAGUGACAAAGGGACUCUCCACCUGACUGGGUACCUGGCAGAGCUCCAGUCCAUGCCUCCGGAGGAAGUCAUGUUAGACAGUGAUAUGGACGAGGAGAUGUCUUCUGAGGAGGAGGAGGAGGAAGAGGAGUCAAGUGAAGACGAAGAGGUCCCAAAUGGAUUGUCACUACACGCCUUAACUGCUGGAGAUGAGCUAGAGGAUGAGUCUGAAGAUGAAUGGGCCCCAAAUUCAGGUAAGAGCAAAAAGCGGAAGAGAGUGGGUGUACCAGAGAAGGGCAAGAAGAAGAGGAAGAAGUCAGCAUCAUCAUCAUCUACAUCUACACCCAGCACUGGAGAUGAGGAGGGGGAAGAGGAGGAAGAGUUGUCAGAUGAGCUAGACGACGAAGAAGACUCAGAGGAGUUUGAUUUUGAAGAUGAAGAUGAGGAUGAUGAGGAUGAAAGUGAGGAAGAGGAAGAAGACAGUGAAGAAGAAGUCCAGGCAGAGACCAGUAUGGACGGUGUGCGAGGUGUCCUUGACUUUGAGGAAAAUGAGAUGAGUGACUCGGCAAGUGGGGAGGACAGUGCAGAGGAGGAGUCUGAGACCACUCACAGUGAACCGUCCACUCCCGGAGACACCCCUGAGGUCACGUUCAAGAGGUCACAACAGCAGGUCAAGUCCAACAAGAAAGGUCAACCUCAAGGUCAAAAGACUGCCGCCAAACAGAAGAAAGAUGUAGAGACACCGGCUGGGGAGAGUCUGACAGGGAAGAAGAAGAAAGCCCAGCAGCAGGGGAAGACGACAGAGAAGGGCGCUCCUCAGACAAAGAAGGAGACUCCUCAGACCAAAGCUGUGAAUGGAGAAUCUCCAUCUAAGAAUACACCCACUGAACAGACACAAACGGCAUCCCAGAAGAAGAAGAAUAAGAGAAAGUCAGGGAAAGAGUUCCAGGACGGCGCCAAACCCCAACCAGCAAAUGAGCAGGCAGCAGGGCCUAACAGCAAUAAGAAGAAGGCAGGCACCCCAGGGAAACAGGUUCUUCCAGGAGGGCUGGUUGUUCUGGACAGAGAACUGGGGACGGGCAAGAUUGCAAAGGCUGGACGGAGGGUUGGUCUGUACUACAAGGGAACUCUCGCCCAGAACAACAAGCACUUCGACAGCCAUCUGAACGGGAAGCCCUUCACCUUCACCCUGGGUCACGGAGAGGUCAUCAAGGGCUGGGACAUGGGUGUACAAGGGAUGAAGAUUGGAGGAAAGAGGAGACUGGAGAUCCCACCUGCAAUGGCGUAUGGCAGUCAGAGAGUCGGCCCCAUCCCAGCCAACAGCAAACUCAUCUUUGAAGUGGAGCUGAAGUCUGUCAGUUAAUAAUAGAAGGAGAACAGCUGUAUAUAAUAUAACUGUUGUCAUUAUUAAAAUCAGACAAUCUGAAUUCCAGUUGUUUUUCUCACCGCUGUCUGUUGCAGUGGUUUUCGUUGAUGGGUCUAGACUUGCAAGAAACAAAUUUUUAGAGUUAUACAUCCAUGGAAAAUAACAUCUUUGCUAUAUUACUCAAGACAAAUGAUGGCAUAUUAAUAAAAUUUGAUCUUUGCUACAUGAUGCACAAUGAUAGGAGAAAAAGAUUCUUGGUAAUUAUGUUGAUGAUGAGAUCAGUAGGGAAGAUAGAUUCUAAUACACAUUAUGUGGCAUUCUCUCCCAAACGUUGGUGCUCAGUACAUGAGACUGUGCAAUGCUCUCCAGAGAUGUGUAUUGUUAUGCUACAAGCAGUGGAAUGUACCAUCUCCAAAGUGACUGGCCGUGCACUGUAUGAAUUAUGUGAUCCUAAUGUUUUCAACAUGUGCAAGCUCACUCUGUUGGUUGAUAUUAUAGUUAUGAAAUUGUGUUAGUUAUUUAAGUUAAUAAAUGUUAUGUUCAUUAUGUCUACUGUAAGGAUGAUUGCCACUGCAACAAAUUGUGAAACAAACCUAACCCCAACAGAAAUUAUAGAUAGAUUCAAGAUGAUACCCUGUACUUUUAUCACAAUGCAUUACAGUUAGAGUGAAGAGAUUAGAAGCUACACAUUAGAAAGCUGUUUCAAGCAUAGACAGUUGAAUAUAUGGAAAACAUAGUUAGUUAGGUCAUGUUUCAAGAUGUUGUUUACUAAUCAUUAUGUUGAAAUAUGUUAUGUUGAUAUACAGCUGGAUGAUCAUACUAGUGUUCCGAGUCUUACUUGUUUAGAUUAAGAAAUUCAUACCUUGUAUGUCAAUAAAGCAUCUUAACUUUUAACAUG